CGUGUUACGGUAAACCAAGGGAGCUCCCUUUGAACGAUAUCACACGCAACCAAUUCCUAUCCUGUCGCAAGGGCAGAUCGCCGAUUUCCCCGACUCUGCUGUCCACGAGCUAUACGCAAGCUUGUAGAGCAUACCGCCGUUGCUACAGCUGCUUCCGUCCUUCGCAUGCUGUAAGCUCCUAAGAGCUUGGGCAAGCCGGUUUGAAGGUUGGAGGAGAACAUCUUCAGCAGCAUAGCGUUCUGUUGCAUAAUAACUACGACCAUUUCCACCUUUUUUACACGCGCCAUCACAUUAACAACCUGAGAAAAUGACGGAAAAUCUUCAUAAUGCCCCCAUUGUCCUUGACAAUGGCUCAGGCACCAUUCGCGCUGGCUUUGCUGGUGAAGAUCUUCCCAAGUGCUUCUUUCCGUCGUGGGUUGGACGUCCAAAGCACAUGAGAGUUCUAGCUGGUGCUCUAGAGGGAGAUGUGUUUAUUGGUCAAAAGGCUGCUGAGCUGAGAGGUCUCUUAAAGAUUCAUUAUCCGCUUGAGCAUGGCAUUGUCACGGACUGGGACGACAUGGAGCGAAUCUGGGAAUACGUCUAUGGAGAAGGCUUAAAAACGCUGAGCGAAGAGCAUCCAGUAUUGUUGACCGAGCCGCCUUUGAACCCCCGAAGCAACCGCGACACGGCUGCACAGAUCCUCUUCGAAACCUUCAACGUCCCCGCCCUUCACACAUCGAUACAAGCAGUCUUGUCGUUAUAUGCCAGUGGCCGAACGACCGGUAUCGUCCUCGAUUCCGGUGACGGCGUGUCGCACGCAGUCCCAGUUUAUGAAGGCUUCGCCAUGCCCAGCAGCAUCCGGCGCAUUGACGUCGCUGGCCGCGAUGUCACCGAAUACUUGCAGACGCUGCUACGAAAGAGCGGCUAUGUGUUUCACACGAGCGCAGAAAAGGAGGUCGUCCGACUCAUCAAGGAAAGCGUUUCGUACGUUGCGCACGACCCGAGAAAAGAAGAGCGUGACUGGCUCGGCGUCAAGACCAAUGAUGCCAAAUAUGCCGAAUAUGUCCUUCCGGAUGGACACAAGCUCAAGGUUGGCGCUGAGCGAUUCCGUGCCCCCGAAAUCCUCUUUGAUCCCGAAAUUAUUGGCCUGGAAUAUCCUGGCGUACACCAAAUUGUCGUGGAUGCUAUUAACCGCACAGAUCUUGACCUGCGCAAGUCUCUAUACAGUAACAUUGUGCUGUCUGGUGGCAGCACACUGACCAAGGGCUUUGGUGACCGACUCCUGACUGAGCUCCAGAAGCUAGCUGUCAAGGACAUGAGAAUCAAGAUUUUUGCGCCUCCCGAGCGUAAAUACUCUACAUGGAUCGGUGGCAGUAUUCUUGCUGGUCUAAGCACCUUCCGCAAGAUGUGGGUCAGCAUUGACGACUGGCACGAGAAUCCCGAUAUUAUUCACACGAAAUUCACAUAAAAAACGGACUCGGCUCUGCAUAGCGAUGGUCGAGGGAGACUUAAGCUUGACGUAUUUUCUUCGUUGGGGCUAUGGGUUUUGUUCCUUCAAUACCAUGUGUUACAUAUGGCAUACAAUACUACAUAUGGGCUUAUAGUAAUUAAAAGAGGCCAGGAGGAAGAGAUUGGUUUGACAUGUACGAUGGCGGAAACUGGGCAGUGGAUGAGAAUUAAGGAGCGAGCAUGAAGGAUCUUGUCUUGUAGAGCAAGCCUAAUGAUACCCUAAUGAUUGAACUGGUAGCGUGCUGCAUGAACCAAGUCGUGAUCAAAACGUGCUCGGUGGGACCGUACCGGUUCGACAUCACGCCCCCAAAUGAAGCGAUAUACACUCACGAGGCAUCAAAAUUUUGGAUACAG